AUGCUGGAUACUUUGUUAUCGCGCUUAAAAGAAGAGAUUGCGAUUGACGGUCCAUCAGGUUCUAGCAUUGAUGCAGUUUGGAAAUAUGCAGAAUCUAUAUCGAAUCAAGUUGCAAAGCAGUCGAAUGUAUCAAUUACACCUAAGAUUGAUGGUCCUUACAAAGCGUUCAUUUGGAACUACAUCAAGCAAGAACCAGAGCUAGAGUUCUUUGAAGAAGUCGUUCCGCCCGCAGAAGAGAAUCAGACCAACAGCGAUGAUGUUCCUAUGGAGGAACAACAAGGAACAGUAGAUCAAGACCAACUUGUGAUUGCCAUAAAAAAAGAGGCAACAGAAGACCAAGACGGGGAUGUAAUUACCAUGGACGUUUUCCCUGAUGUGAAUGACACUGACAUUGCCACGGAGGAGGCUCAAUCUGAAGACCUACUGAUUGACAUGUUGCAAGAGGCACAGAAGAGGGAUAGGAAAACAGAUGCAGUGAAUCGCAAAAGAAAAAUGGAAACAGCUGUCAAAAAGCCAGUUCCUAAGAAGAAAAAGAUGAAAUCAGCACCCAAAAAGAAGGCGCCCAAGAAGAAGCGAGUGUCUGCAGGUCAUUCGGACAGCGAUUUUGAGAUGGACUCAGAUGACAGUGAAUCAGAGUAUGAUGAGAGUGACCUCAGUGAAGUCUCUUCAGAAGAGUACAGUACAGAGGGAGAUGAAGACGUUUCCGAUCAAGACGACUAUGGCAAGUCAGAUUACGUUAAUAAGUAUCCCACAAUACGCAGAAAUGAAGAUAUAUUGUCGAAUCCAAGAAACGUGCAACAGCAAACGAGAAAGAACAAUGCGGAUUUGACAGCUAUCCAGGAUAUAGCGGAUCUAAGUUACGAUCAAGUUCAGGAACGCUACGGAUCCAGUUUACGCAUUAUUGCUUCCGCUCGCCUCCAAGAUGAACAGCUUUAUUUGGGUAUUCCUCCUAAUGCCAACAUCACAUCCAGUCUUGUUGUCAUUUUAAGAGAAAUUAUCAAAACCAGAACAAAGGGUUUAUAUCAAGCCUCCAUCACUCGAUUACUCAACCUUGACAGUCGAUCCACUGGCCACUAUGUCAAGUCUUUGGAAGACAAAGGCGCUAUCACGCGUAGAGGUGUAUCCAUCAACUCAAUGUAUACCAACAUCUGUGUUCACGCAAGAUACAGUAUUAAAAGCAACGCGGUGGACAUGAACACUGUCGGUGACAAGGAAGCAGAAAACGAGCUACCUUAUAAUGUCAAUGGCCACGGCAAAGUGUUUUCGCAAAAGACGUUAUUGGAUGCAAUGGUAGAUCUUGCCCUGGCAGCACCAAACGGUCUGAUUUUGGCACAAGAUGUAUUGCAUGGUUUGGGGUUCAAUUCAACACGCAAGCCGGUGCGAAAGUGGUUUAACCGCUCCAUUGAUGAAUUAUGCUUAAAAGGCUAUUUUGAGAAGGCGAGUAUCAAGCUGGAUGGCUCUAGACAACAUCGAUGUCUCCAUCUGCUCAAGGUACCAGAAGAUUAUGAAGCGACACAAGCCAGCAACGAGCAAGCAACUGUCCCAGUGGACGAGCUCUCUUUUCCCAUCCAGAUCAAGACUACCAAAAAUCAGGGUAUCCCUAUCCACCAUUUACUCUGCGACGUGCCUCUGGAAUCCCAGAUCCUUGAUGUGAUCACUGCCGCAGGAACACAUGGUGUUGUUCAAAAGGACAUCUCUAUUGCAUUGAACUCGGAUGAAAUGCGCUUCUUAUCAAAGGCACUAGAAAAACUAUCUGAAUUGAAGUCGGGCCAAGGAUACGAGCAGUAUGGCAUUGUGCGUCAUUUUGAAUUCGAGGGUCGUAUCAAGCGAUAUCGCUAUUUCACAUUGGCUGCAUCUAUCAAAGUGAAUGAAGACAUAGACUAUAUACCUCCACCCUUACCAAGCACAGAGGUCGAUGAAUCAAAAUAUUACGAAAGAGCCAUCUUCAAUCCAGUGCCUCAUACAAUGGCCAGUCUGGCCAGAUACAGAAAAAUGGUCAAGAAAGCGGGUCAUCGAAAUGUUAUCUUCAAGGAAGAUGUGUUGCCUAAAUCUAGAAAACAAAAGUUGAACAGGGAUGACACGCCUCGCACUAAAUCCCGUUACUUGUUGCAAAAGGAGAAGAAGAUUGCUGAAAUGCUUGCUGCCGAGAAUGCUGCUGCUGAGGGUAGUACUAAUACUACUAGUAAUAGCACUGUAGGACCCAGCAGCACAGCAACAUCCUCAGAUCAACCACCUAAAGCUCCAACUACUAAGGAAAUCCACUCUUUCUUUCGGGCCAACCGGCAAGCUCGCAUACGCAAAUCCGAUAUGCAUCUCAUUCGUUCACCAUCUCCUACGCCUGUACCAGCGCCUAUCAUUAGCCAGGAGCGACUGGCAUGCCCUGCGCCUGCACCAAAAGUGAGACCAGCACCUCCUAUCGAGACACCAGCGCGCAAGAAACGCAAGUAUACCAAGAAGAAUGCAGCGACCCAAGUUCAAGCUGUGCAGGAUGGAACAUCAAUAUCUGAGGCAGAAGCCCAAUCUACAGAAAAACGCACAACUCGAUCCGGUAGGGUGAUUCCGUAUGAAUACGAACCAGCGACAUCCUCAACAACACCUUCUGAAGCGCAGUCUGAUUCUCCAGUUGCAUUUGAAUCGUCUACCCAGAUAGACACACCUCCAUCUGCUUCAUCAGAGCCUGCUCAACCGGACGGCCAUACUGCAACGGAGGAGCCAGACACAUCUACAGCUGAGGGUCAUGUUCAAGCUACACAAUCAGAAGCAUCUGCUAGCAAAAGUCCUCCUCAAUCUUCUUCACCUGCAGGUGCUGCUCGACCUGAAAUGAAAUCCAAGCGUAAGAGCUCUCCAGCGCCUGUAAAGUCAUAUCAACCUCGCCGCAAGAAUAGAUCUAUUGCUGACUAUUUCAAGUUAACGCCCAAGACAACCAUUCCAUCCGUUGCAGCCAAUGCAUCAGCAGAAGCUUCUUCACCUACAGUAACUAUUCCACCAGUUGAAGCAACUCCCACCAAGGCUAAAACAAAGGAAACAAAGACGGUUAGAUUUGCUGAAACGACGCCUGAAUGUGCAUCAGAAUCAGAGCAAUCAUCAUCCAAUGCCGUAACCGAAGCUAAUCCAGAAACAACAGCUCGUCCAUCUGAAGCAAUGAAAGGUGCUGUAGAAGAAUCUACCAGCAAAGACCAUACAGAACAGACUACCGCAACGGACAGCGAUGAUACUGCUCAAGCUGAUGUGGCUAAUAUGGAAGUGGAUAAAUCAGAAUUAGGUCAUCCAGCAGCAGCAGCAGCAGCAGCAGCAGCAGCAAUUAAUGAAGUCAGAGAAGAUGGGCCAUCUGCUGAUGCUAUGAGAACCACCUGUAGUAGAUCAAGCACGGCCACCCCAGCUCCAGUAGUAGAUCAAACUUCUGUCACUACCACAGGGGCCGAAGAAUCUCGCUUGUUCCGCCGUUACCAACAUGAAAAGAUGCACAAGCCAGUAAAUUCCUACUUGGAGGCGCGUGUCAAGAUCCUCUAUGAAUUGCUUGACGAGCUGCGACUGGUUGAAAUGGGCAACGGACUCGCACAGGAGUUUUCAGAAAGAGCAGCAGCCCAAAACAAAAACAGCAAAUACAAGAUGGACAACAAGACGUUAUGGACAACAGCACUUGAACUCGAGAAGAGAGGCCAGGCCCAAACCACCGUUGUUGAGUGCACGCUUCUCAGUGGCAAAACGGUAUAUCGCAAGGUUGUGUUUCAUCGUGACAUGAGCCGGGACUCAGAGGAAUUCAAAACCUGCAUCUCGUUUAUCAAGGAACGUAGAACUGGUAUCUCGUAUCGUAACAUGCCAAAGCCUAUAGUCGAAGUCGAUCAAGUGGUUCGACUCUCGGAUCAAGUGGAACAGAUGCAAAAGGAAGCACAGGAGCUGUUGAUGAGCGGCCAAGUCAAAAAGGCCAAGCAACUGGAGCUCCGUAUCAGCGAGUUGUCCGGGAAUCUUGAGACAUUUGGAAGAACAUACGGCAAGAUGAGAAGUGCUCACUGGAUGAUUGAGGCUGUUCAAUAUGGUUGGAUCAACGCUUGCAUGGCGCGUGCCAAAGUGUUUCACAGAUACUUGUUUCGAUUGCUGGAGGCCAAUGUGAAAGGCGUGGAUCAAGAGACGCGCAUUAUUUCAGUCAAAGCUGUUUGCGACAACAUGACAUUCCAGCUGCUGGCUCAGGUCAUUGGUAUCUUUAAACCCACGCGACUGAUUGCUGAAUUCUACAAGGAUGUCAACAACCACAAGGUCAAAAUGGCAGACAUGUCAGACGAGCUGAAGCAUGACCUGUUUGACGAAAACACCAAGUUUCUGCGACGAUUGAGAAGGCUAUUCAAUUACUUGGAGUUCCUUCAAGUCGUGUCAAGCCAGUUCACCGAAGUGAAGAACAACCCCAACUUCAAGGCGUCCAAAUACUCCCAUAUUGCUCCCUCUUACAAGCUCGAAAGGACAUUGCCCAUCAUUGACAGAAAGCAGGCUGAGGAACCUGUACUGCGAGAGUACACGAUCGAUACCAUGGACGACCUGAAUGACUACUGGACAGAUCUCAAAUAUGUGUCCCUCGUCAGAGACACGGACAAGAGCACGUUAAAGGAGCUCGAUGAUCCCUAUGAAAUCGACUUGCGAACCAGCUUGCACAGCUCUAGAAACUGGAGCACACGAGCCAUGUUUUCGCGAAGCCAGCGAAAGCUGCUGAACGAAAAGGUGGACAAGGCCAACCGCAAGACGCCUUUGAAUGACAUACAUGAGAUUAGAAAUCUUGCCAACAAAAUCAACAUGCCUAUCGCUACCGUCCAGGCCUAUUACGAAAAAGUGGAAGCUGCUUUAGAACGAAGACUCAGAUACAGCAAAGAAAAGAAGCUGGAGAGACUACUCCUGGGAGGACAGAGGAGAAGACGAGCGAACAAGAUCAAGUACAAUGUUUACAGCGGUCGUCGUGUGCUUACUGGGGAUUCGAAUCAUGCCUUUGUAGCCCCCCGCAGACAGCCAUCCAAAGCCGGCAAGUCUUAUUUAGACGACUUGCAAGACCUGCCUGUGGUUCAAGGCGAUGUAUUCAAGUCCCUUAUUAAGCGCAGAAGAAAGAGAUCCGUCUGGACGACACAGGACGAUGAAAUCUUGCUGUAUUUGUACAUCAUCUUGCGACAUCGGUCAAGACAGAACAAGGCCAAGCUUUCCUGGAUUCCCGCGCAAAAGGUGUUUCCAGACAGAGAGCCACAAACUUGCAGACACCGCAAGGAUAGAAUGGUGGGACAGUCGGUUUUCAGUGAGAAAUACGAGCUCUAUCUGGUUUACUGGGAUGCCUUCUAUCGUGAAGGCAUAGCCAACGGUGACAUUACAGACGCGGAUCCAGGUGACAAUAUCAAUUUGGACAUUUUAUCGUACAUUGAGUACUUUGUUCAGAGGCUGCAAGAAUUGGAUGCACACCCUAUUGAUUUACCUCUGUAUAAAACACUUGCGCAGACAAACGAAAUGUACGAUAUUGCCCGCAAUGAAGCAUCCAGCCCCUAUUUCGAAGACGCCUUCCACGACGGAGAAAGCUUGGUUCACAAAUUACAGACACUGUGUCAGGCACCAUUGACGCUCCGAAAGUGCAUGAACUCUCGCUACGAUCAAUCAGAGGCUGUCACUGAAGAUGAUGCCACCAACCGUUUGUGCAAUGUGAUCCGCGCCUACUGUCUCAUGACCUUGAUGACACCUGCAGAAGUGUUUGAUCCAUUCCACGCGUAUCAGAUAUUGGCAAAGUUCUCUCCACAAUUGAUGGAUGUUGUAUUUGAGAGAAUGAAGGCGGAGAAGACGCUCAUUUUAGCGUAUGGUGAUCGUCCCAUUCCAGGCACCUGUUGGGCUCUGUCUGCUAAAUUCAUCAAGAACAUGAGUGGUGAAUUGCCCGUUGAUUUGUUCAAUCAAGCCACAGAGUAUGAAAAGUUCUUGGCAACGCAAAAUGAAAAGUUCAAGUUUAUGCCUUACCAUGCCAGCAGUGGUAUGAUGGCGUGCUUGCUCAAUGCCUUGUCUGAUGAUCAGGUUUCCUUUGGUCUGGCCAAUUUGAGUCUGCAACUAAGAAAGGUGAAUGAAGUAGGCUUCAAAACAAGAGGUGUUGGCUAUUCGGUCUUGACUCAACUUGGUGUGACCAUUCAAAGAAACAACCAAGCAAAUCAAGCCAUAACAGCUGCGCCUACCUCGAGUAAGAUCCACAUCAAGAAUGUCACCAACAAGGAGUAUGAUGCCACAUUGUCCAACUUGCUGAUCUCUCAAAGUGAUAAGGAAAGUGCUCUCAUCAAAGCUGUCAUUCAUGCGCUCCAUGAACAGCAUGAAGUUGGAUUGACAUUGUAUCAGCUCAAGAUGAAACUGCAAGAGCAUCACCACCGCUUUAAAGACCAUGAUAUCAUCAAGACAGUACGCAAACUCUGCUACAACAAGCCAGCUCUCGUGUGCAGAGUUGGCUUCGACGCUGUUCGCUAUGUACACAUCAAAUUUAUCGACAGCUGGACAAUCAACAACAAGAAGGCAAAGGAUUAUAAACUCACUGAGAAGGCCAGAGAAGAAGUGAUGAGCCAGACAAAUGGUCAGUUCCAAACUGAUGUUGUCCGAAAGGACAUUGUUAUUCCUAGCUUGUGGAUCGACAUCAAUGGCAACGUCACUGAAUUGGUGUUGAAUGGGUGUAAAAAGGCCAUUCUGGAUUUGGUCCUUCGAAAACCAGGCAUUACGGAAGCAGAUAUCCAUCGCCACAUGGUUACAGGUCUUAGCAAGAGAGAAAUACAUGAUGUGUUGGAUAUCUUGGUGGAAGAGCAAGCCCUCAAAUGUAUUCAAGUGCAAAUCAUACCGCAAAAAGAGGCCAAACAGUCGUCCAUUUUCGCAAAGAAGACGGUGGUCAAGUGUUCAAGUACGGAUACUAUCGGAAAAUUGACUCACUCGUGCUUCUGGGUGACUCCAAAGAUAUUUUCUUCUACUAUUUAA